GUACGACCUUGCACUUUGCCAUCUCAAGCUCUCAAAAGACACAGUACCAAAGGAAUGAAGCCGCCAGGCCUCAGUUAACUCCCGUCUUCAGCUGGGGCAAAAAGUCUUCCGUUCCAAGUUGGGGACACUGCACUUGUUUGCCAUUGUUCCGAAAGCCAACAGUGAGACCCGCCUAAAAAAAAAUCCCUGAAUGCUGCUCUCGCAUACACUCCAUACUUCAUCAAAUCGCCGUGUAAUUAAUCACAUCGCAUUGCUUUCAUAAUUCUCCGUUGGGGUUAUUUGAAAUCAUUAAACCAUCUUUUUUAUUUAUUUAACAAGUCCCAAGCGGGGGUGGAAAGAAAAAAGCAAAAAAAAAAAAGUCACACUGCAGCCGGAUGAACUAUUCUUUUGGCCACGGUACAAGUCCCAAGACAAAACCCGACCAACCAACAUACGGACAUUUUGCUGAAGAGCGCAAUAACCCAAACAAGCCGGUCCUUCGCUCGCUUGAAUCGGAUCUAGAAUUCCCGAACCUGAGCGAGCGCGUGUUGAGACCAUAAACUCUUCGAGGCGCCUUGCUGUGCUGCGUGACGUGCGCGCUGCCAGCUGCCCUUCAUUGUUCCCUGCAACCAAGCAACUGGAAAGGUCCCCACCAAGUCCUAGGUACUCUACUCCUCAAGGGGCAAGGGCCGUGCCGUCGGUUGGACUUAACACGACUUUACUCUCCCAUCUAACCACACCGCCGCCCCUCCUCUCUUCUCCCAAGGCGACGGACCUUGGGUUACCUUUAGUCGCAGGCGUCCCUUCAACCUCAAACUCGACCACCUUUAUCAAACCCGAUUUGACAGCGAGAUCGUCAUACUUUCGCACCUGCUCGCUUCGAGCGUCGCCGCCAGAACAGCUCUUCUGGCCACAUCUUCUUUUCCACAUGGUUUUACCAGCGGUUCCUCAUCGGCGUCUCGGCUUCACAUGAAUGGCCUAGUGACUUGCAACGCUCGUCCCUGUGAUAAUUGAUGUAACUCGAUAGAACCACCGUCAACAAACCAUCACAGCCGCCUCAUAUCCUUCUCGUUCUCCUUUACAACCCGGGUGGACGAAUAGCGACCAAGCGCGACUUCUCUUUCAGCGCACUGCGCAACUCGCAGCGCCUCACUGGGCUCUGCUGCUCUUCACUGCGAUCGACGGAUUAACUUGUCAAUAACAGCGGGAUAUCUUGUAUUUCUGGCUUUUUAAUUACAGGACAAAAUGGCGUCGCAAAACAACAUGUAUUCGUCGGGUCAGUUCAUGAACCCUGGACCUGCCCCCCGGCCGCCGACGGACAGACCGCGAUUGAACCUCACGCCCAGUCAAAACCUACCUGGCAACAUGGCCAACAUGAGUUUGAACUCGCCCGGAAUGGGUAGGGGCCAGUUCGGCGGCGGGUCGAGUGUCUACGGCGGGUCGACCAUAUCACUACCACUGAGUCGAGCUGCGUCCAACACAGACGGCCUGGGUGGGGUCGCCGUCAUCAAGGAAGGUUGGGCGCAGGUUAAAGAAAGCAAAAACUUUAUCAACCCGUGGAAGCAGAAGUAUCUUAUCCUGCGAAAGGAGGCCCUUGAUUUCCACAAACAAGAGGGGAGCAAAUCAUCGUAUACACUCUACCUCAAGGAUGUGAUCAAUGUUGGUCGUGUAGAAGCAGCGGGCACCAUUUUCGAGGUCAAGCGCCAGUCCAAUGGCACAUCAACGAGCCCCGGCGAGGAUGAUGGGACAGUGAGGACGCUGCAGAUCAAGGUCAAAAGCGACGAUGAUCUGUACGAGUGGAUAGACUUCAUCUACGCGCGGUGCCCUGGUAUGGGAGGAGUGAGCAACCCAACAAACUUCUCCCAUGCAGUGCACGUCGGAUUCGACCCCCAGACUGGCGAGUUUGUUGGCUUGCCACCAGAGUGGUCCAAGCUAUUGAACUCCUCCGCCAUUACCAAGGAAGAUUAUGAGAGGAAUCCUCAAGCCGUGUUUGAAGUUCUAGAUUUCUACUCAGACCUCACCAAGCGUAACGAUAACCCCGCUCAGUACUCGAGUCUCACCCCGACGCCCCCGGCCGGCGCCAUGCCAAACAAGCAACUAGGCUACAGUACCGGAGCGAACGUUGCUCCCCCGAGGCAGAUGCAGCAGCAGCAGCAGCCUAUGCAGCGCACUAACAACUAUCCAAACAUGUCUGGUGGUGGGUUACCGCCCAACGCAUCUGGUGCCCGUGGGCCUUCCCCGCCCGAUCCCCAGCAGCAGCAGAGGCAGCAGAUGCAGAACAUGUCUUCUAAUUAUAUCAAUCAAGGGGAUCCGAACCGUGACGCGGAACGGCAGAGGCAGGCCGAGGCAGCUCAGCGACAGCGCAUGAUGGAGAUCGAGGAGCAGAACCGUCGCGAUCUCGAGGCCUACAAUGCUUCUAUUCCGCAGACGAAGAAGCCGAUAGCACAGCAAGAGAUCGGUGGGUACGGCGGAGCGCCUUCUUCAUCUGCAGACCGUUUCAACCCCAACAGGGCACCUCCUCCUGCGCCCAAGCCUACAGCUCAACAAUCCAACCUCCAAGCACAGCGUCCUGCUCCACGAGCCCCGAACGCCGCCGGUGGUCCACGACCUGGAAUCUCGCAACAAAACAGUUCACAAAACGUGCGGGAUCCUGCAUCACAGCAACAACAGCGUGUCCCACCUCGCAACGACCAGUCCCCGAAUGCGCAGAGGUAUCCCAACGGUGGACCCGCACCCCAGCCUCGCACCAACGGUCAACCCCAGAACCAACAGCCAUCGCGCUUGCCUGCGCCUGUUAAACCUCUCAAUGUCGCGCCCAAGCCUGCAGCGCAAUCUGAUGCAGUCAGGGCGGCUGAGGCUGCGUUGACUGCGAAGCCGCCCGCACAGGAGCGGCAGAAGGACGUCCGCAUGUCAACCAUGUCGGAAACCGAGGUUAUGGCUAAACUCAAGGAGGCCGUCUCAAAGGACGACCCGAACUUGUCGUACUCGAAGCAAAAGAAGAUCGGUCAAGGAGCUUCCGGUUCGGUCUAUGUGGCCAAGGUCAAGGAGACGGCAGUCUCCCCUAUUGCUCGCGAGCUUCUUCGCGAGCAAGGCUCUAGGGCUCAGGUCGCCAUCAAGCAAAUGGACCUGGCUCACCAGCCCCGUAAGGAACUUAUUGUCAACGAAAUCAUGGUAAUGAAGGACAGCACACACCGUAAUAUUGUCAACUACCUCGACGCAUUUCUUCGAAACAACUACAGUGAGCUGUGGGUGGUUAUGGAGUACAUGGAGGGUGGCGCUUUAACCGACGUUAUUGACAACAACCCUGUUAUUACUGAGGAGCAAAUCUCUACCAUUUGCCUGGAGACUUGUCAGGGACUGCAGCACUUGCACUCGCAGAGCAUCAUCCACCGUGAUAUCAAGAGUGACAACGUGCUUCUGGAUGCCAGGGGUAACGUCAAGAUUACCGAUUUUGGUUUUUGCGCAAAGCUCACCGAGUCCAAGUCGAAGCGAGCCACUAUGGUCGGAACUCCUUACUGGAUGGCGCCUGAGGUCGUCAAGCAGAAGGAGUACGGUCCCAAGGUUGAUAUUUGGUCUCUGGGUAUCAUGGCGAUAGAGAUGAUCGAAUCCGAACCGCCGUACUUGAACGAGGAGCCUCUCAAGGCGCUGUAUCUGAUUGCUACUAACGGGACACCUCGCCUCAAGAACCCGGCCAAGCUGAGCAAAGAGCUGAAGGCUUUCUUGUCUGUCUGCCUCUGUGUCGAUGUCAAGAGUCGAGCAUCUGCCAAGGAACUUCUUGAACAUGACUUCUUGAAGCAUGGUUGCCCUCUAGGUAGCUUGUCUGACCUCCUCGCCUUCAAGAAGCAUGCCAAAUAAAGCCCCCAGUAAUCCUUUGCGGCAACUAUAGGGAACAGACGCAUCAACACACAAGUUUCCCUAAUCCUCGCUUUGCGCAUGGAUAAAACACAUUCACGAUCAACAAAUCCGGAUCUCUUGGUCCUUGAGAUGGGACUCAGCCGGUCUUUCUGUCGACUAAGGCUUAUGCAGCGAACAUUCUCGAGACCGGCGUUCUUCGCAUUCGGGCGUUUGGCUGGGAAAAGAGGCUAAUUGCUUUCAUCCACAUCGCGCUUCCAUAAACUCAUGUCACUGAGUCCGAGUGCUCAACCUUGCACACAAACACCACUUGCCUGAAAUUAUAAUGGCUCGUGGUGUUGUAUCACUGGCUAGGGCUCAUGCUGACCAUGUCUGAUCCAUCUUUUCACCCUUAGCAACCUUUUUCCUCUCGGUUGAGAUGGAUGGGGGAAAAAACGAAUGUCUCAAUGUGCCAUGUCAAGCAAAGUUUCGUUACUAUACCAUCAACUUUUCAACCUUUGUCCUUCUCACUUUUCUUGGCUUUGCAUACAUGGGGAUGCUUCGUUCUCUCUGUUUUCUUCCUCUGUGUUGUGGCCUUCUAGGUGGGCGGGUGUUUUGUCUAUGCGGAUAUAUCUAUCAAAGUUUCUCUGCAUGAUGUUUCCUAUGGGAUGGAUCCAUUCUGGCGUGUUCAUUACUAUUACUAUAUUAGAGCAAAUUAAGCCCAAUACAACUUGGCUUUCCGUGUUAGCCUUGACCGAGAUAUAACGUUACGUAUUUGAGGCGCCUUCCAUUGGACUUUUUGCGUGCUUGGUCU